AUGUUGUCAAGCACGACAGUAUCCACGUUUUUGCUCCUUGCGAUUUUCUUAUCAGUCGCAAAUUCGUACAAAAUUCUCGUGAUCUUUCCAACGGGCUCCUUCAGUCAUCAACGCCCUCAACAAGUUGUUUCACGAGCACUUGCUGAUGCAGGACAUGAAGUUACAAUUAUCUCCCCGAAUCCAUUUGAAACACAAAACCCAAAUAUCAAACAGAUUAACAUCAACUUCACUUACGAAUGCAUGAAAGUAUUUGACUUAUCAAAGCCCAUCACGCCUUUCGCAAUAUUGGAUCUCGUGAUAACUUAUGCUCAGUCAAUUACUGAACGCAUUCUUGAACAUCCAGAAGUUUGGGAAAUCUAUCAAAAUGGUAAAAAUGAAAAAUUUGAUGCUGUAAUUAUGGAACCUUUUUCUCACAUUCCGCUUUAUGCGAUUCGAGACAUUUUAAACACAACUUUUAUUGGCAUGUCAUCUACUGAGGUUAAUCCAACGACACACAGAAAUAUGGGAAAUGUAAUUCAUCCGAUUUUGCAUCCAAGUUUCUUUAUUGGAACUCCGAAAAAUCCAACAUUGCUCGACAGGAUUUAUAUGACUUACUACCAACUUUACAUUGAAUAUUGGCAAAAGUAUCUUUUUUAUCCGAAAAUGGAUGAAAUAAUCAAGAAAUAUUUCCCGCAAUUGAAAAGUACUGCAAAAACUUUAGUUCGCUUUGAUAUGUUGAUCGAAGGAGUGACAAUGGCCCUUGGGCGUGUAAGACCAUUAGUACCAAAUACUGUACAGAUUGGAUUUUUGCACGUUGAACCUCCAAAAGCUCUUCCUACUGAUUUGCAACGUUAUCUGGACAAUUCCAAAAAAGGAGUUGUUUACUUGAGUUUCGGUUCAAAUGUAAAAAGUGCUACUUUGAGACCCGAGAUAAGACAAAUUUUGAUAAACACGAUUAGAAGAUUAGAUUUUGAUGUGUUAUGGAAGUUUGAGGAAGACAAACUUGAAGAUAAGCCUGAAAACGUUAGAAUUGAAAAAUGGUUACCUCAACAAGAUGUCUUGGCGCAUAAAAAUAUCAAAUUAUUCAUAAUGCAAGGCGGUUUACAAUCCAUGGAUGAAACAAUUGAUCGAGGAGUUCCUGUCGUAGUCGUUCCUUUCUUCGGAGAUCAAUAUGCGAAUGCAGCAAAAAUUGAAAGGCUUGGAAUUGGUCGUCGUGUAAACGUGAAUGAACUCGAUAAACUCGAGGAAACUGUAUUAGAAGUGAUCGGAAAUCCAAAGUGAGUAUAUUUGUUUAAUGACCUUCCGUGU